AUGAACUCUUCUCCUUCUUCAAGCAGGCCUAGGACGCCCAAUGAAGGGUCUUCCGGAGAGUCGAUCAUUGGGGGAAGGGUCGCUCGUGCGACGCGCAACGCGGCCCAUAUCGGGUCGGUGGUUGAUGACUGGGUGGGUUUAGCGUCUUUCCAAUGCUGACAAUUAGCUUUCAGGCAAGCUCUGGCUAACGAUUACCCACGUCUUCGCAACCACCGGAAUUGCAGCCGAUGUACUCGAGUCAGCCUCAAGACUACGUGAUUGGAGAUGUGAUUGGUGAGUCUGGACCGUUGGGGGGAGAGGACAGCUUCGGGCCUCCAUGUCAUAUUUCAGCCACUCUGAAAGCUCUCAUGGCCAUGUCAUCUUUGCAGGCUUUGGAGGCAGCAGCGUGGUAUACCAGGCAGCGUUUGUGCCUCUAGGCGGAGUGAGUGUGGUUCGUGUGGCGUCACUCGUACAUGAGAAGAACUUGGAAAUACUUACCAGUCGCUGGUGGGCCUCUCUAGCGACCAUGUGCGGUCAAAGUAGUCGAUCUCGAAGCUUUCGGAAGGGACACUGAGGGGGUGAGUGUGAUGAAGCAGAUGCACAGCUCGCACGAGCUUUAGCACGCUAACAAUGCAGCGCGUCGCCUGUCGCAGCUUCGCCGCGAGACACAACUCAUGUCGCUCUCGAAGCAUCCGAACGUUUUGAGAGUCCGUGGAUGCUGGGUGCAAGGAAGCAAGUUGCAUAUUGCCACGCGUCUCAUGAGCGCAGGAUCCAUGCUGGAUAUCAUGAGAUUCUCAUAUCCAGAGGGGUUGGAGGAGUUGGUGAUUGCUACGGUGCUCCGGCAAGCCUUGGAGGGCUUGAACUAUCUGCACAUCAAUGGCUGGUUGCACCGGUGAGCUGCAUAUGCUGCGUUUAAAAGCCAAGACGUACGAGCUGACGCCAUGCAUGCGCCGCCUUCCUAUCCUAUAGAGACAUCAAAGCGGGAAACAUACUCGUGGAUGACGAUGGCACGGUAUUGUUGGGUGACUUUGGAGUGGGCGUAUACUUGGGCGACUGGUCAGAAGGGGCGGAUGCGGCAGCAGUGAAGGACGCUGGACCGCCGAAAGCGGUGCCAGUCCUGGACGAUGGCAAACGCAAAAGCUUUGUGGGAACAGUGAGUGGUUCGUAGACUAGUGACAAGAAUCUGCAUGGUAGUAACCGCAUUGCUUUGCUCGGCAGCCAUGCUGGAUGGCCCCGGAAGUGGUUGAGCGCAAGCGGUACGGCACGAAAGGUGAGUUGGUGAGCCCAGGGGUUCUCGAAGUCGAAAUUGUACACGUGGCUGAGGCGAGGACACAUCACCCGAGCAGCCGACAUCUGGUCUAUCGGCAUCACAGCGCUUGAGCUGUCACAGGGCAGAGCGCCGUACUCCAGGUUACCGGCGGUCAAAGUUCUCAUGAAGACGCUUCACGAAGAUCCACCCACUCUCGAUCGCACUGGCAAUGCACACAAGUACGGCAAGGUCUUUGAUGACUUUGUGCGUGUGUGCCUACAGAAAGAUCCGGAAAAGAGGUAAGCACGAGAAGAGGUGCUGUGAAUCGCCACUGCGCGGGCUGAACCCGAAUCCAAUUACCAUUCAGGCCCUCAGCUGCACAGCUGCUUGGUCACGCCUUUUUCAAACAAGCAAGGAAUAACAAAUAUUUGACCACAACAAUUUUAGCGGGGCUACCGCCGCUUUCGGAACGACAGGACCGGCGCAGAGCCAUGUCAAUCACUUCCCUAAGAAAUCAGCCUUCUUGGGACUUUGGAAGUGUAUCGAGCCGGCACGGUACCAUCACCUCCAUCGACCCUUUUCGGGGCUUUACAGGCGCAACCUCGAUUCCAGUGUCUCCUGUGGGGUCGAUCAGAUCGCAUGCGAUGAACCUUGACGGAUCUAUCGUCAUACCGGAGCAUGGGGAUGCAAGCAAUGGCACGGAUAUGUACGAGCUUUGGCGACCUCCUUCCGCAAGGUUCGAUGCCGAGGUGAGUACGGCGUUGCGGAAGCGUCAGGAGCUUUAUGAAUGGUUGCGCUGAUUUCUGGUCGCUGGUCACAGCCAUUGAGUCCUUUGCGCUUCAACAGUGCUGGUCGGAGACCCCGAAACCGCUCUACGGACUCUCCCAAAGGCUCGCUCGGUCGCAGCGCAAGCGGACCAGUGCGGCACCACAAGUCGGUCUCUUUCGACAGCAAGGCAGAGAACGACGAGUUGCUCGGAGAUGACAGCGAUCCUAGCACUUCAUCUCCGGUACAGGCGCACGCGAGUGCCCCGCCCGAGGAUAGGCCACUGGAGACGAUUGCUGAGAUGAGGAGCCCACCGCUGGGCCCUUUGUCGUCCAGUCCUCCCGCGCUAGAUACCAUACCAUCGCUCGGUGCGCAAGUUGGCUCCAACCCAUCUGAAGAGCAGACCUCGGGCUUUGCGGCGCUGUCGCUCAACGACAAGAUCAAACCUGCCCCGCCAUCUAGCGAGUCUGGCGAGACCAGCUCAACAGCAAACAUGUCCGACGGCGCGGGGGGCGUCACGAAUGACCCUGCCCGACCCGUCAACACUGCGGAAACGACGCCGGCUUCCUCGACUGCUACUGUCGAUGCGCCGCAGCUCGGAGCAGGUCCGGCCACUUCGCAAAACAAGGAGCAGGCGGACGCGCUAUCGAAGUCGUCCCCGCGAUCAUUGCGGGCUGACCCAAUCCCACCCGAGCCGAGCCCUGCGCGCUUCAAGACUGCCAGUCGCCUCACCAAAAUUUUCAGGAGAGAUGCGAAGAAUUGA